AUGAGCACUGACCCAGUACCCUCACUGGCGCUACCAGCGCCAGCUACUGCGGCGCCCGUAUCAAAUCCAUCGUUCUCAGUACAGCCGGCACCAACAAGCAUAUCAGAGCAGCACCAGCAGCCGACAACACCGACAACACCGCAAAGGACUGCAUCGACAAUCUCGCAGCAGCCAGCACCACAACAGCAUGUCACGGCAAACCAUCCAGCCUCGAUAGCUGCUGCUGCAACUGUCGCGCUCUCUGCUACGCUUCUCGACCCGAACGAGUGGAACGCGCUUGCAUCAACAAGCAUGGUGACGCUGGAUGAUCUCAGGACAGCGUUUCUGGAGCAACGCCAACAGCAGCUUAAAGACGUGGAACGGACCCAUCGUGAAUCCCUGCGCGAGCUGCUCUUCAUGUCCGAAACGUUCGACAGGGAAGAUGUUGCAGGCAGUCCAUGGAAGCUCGGGCAGACCUUGCAAGUAGCAGAAGAUGAUACUCGGGAGCAUGUCAAGACAUUCCUUGAUCAGUAUCACUUGUCUAUCGAAAACCAAAAGUCCAUCAAAGACCAUGUUUUGGAGCAGCCAAAAGCACUGCGCGAGCUUGUAUCGAAAGAGCUCAAGACGGGCCCUGUAGAACUUGCGCCUCCGCCCACUCCCACUAGUGCAACAGCGCCUUCAGCCGGUGAAGCCCAUCGCGAUCGCGAUCUCAAAAAGGAGGUGGAGCAGAGCAAUCUGCAUCGAAGUCAAGCGGUCAACCUUGCUGCAGCUGCAGUUCAGGCUCGUGCAAUUGCCGAGGGAGUGGCCAAGAUCAAACCUCUCAACAUCACGGCCGCAGAAAGUCAAGGCGUUCGCGUAGCUCCUCUCCAGCCCGGCCAGGUACCUAGCUUUGUCAUUGAAUCUACCACACCCAUCGCGCCUAUCGUUUCCAGCACCACGGGUGGCUCCUCGACAGCAGCGGCGAUCGAUCUCAAUGCCCAGAAGGCAAUCUCACAGACUGCAGGCGCAGCUGACGAGAUCGACUUGUCGGCAGCUACGCCCAUCAUCAAAAUCGAACCGUCCGACAAGAGCGUCUCAUCACCAUCUAAAGCUCCCGAUGCGCUUGAGAGAGCUGUUUCUCCAGUACCUGGCCUCGCUCGCAACGCCCCUACCCAACCGACAGGGCUCCGCGUCCCGCCCUCGCCCAUGGUGGUACCCUCUGUACCCGAAACGAUCACUGCACCUCCGCUCCAUCCCACUUUGCAGGUUCUCGCACCAAAUCCUCUCUCGGUGACGUACGCCGCCUCGUUGCGACCGCUUCCGCCUGAUCCGACACGACGCAUCACUGGAGCAGGUGUUUCGGGCGGUGCUAUCCACCACCGAAGCGGCAGGAAGAUUUCGAGCUUGUCGAACCACUCCAACUUCAAUUCUUACUCGAGCAUUACAGCUGCUAAGAUUGGGCCUGCGGGGUCCGGUCAAGCGGAUCUGUACCGAUGGUAUGUUCGAGCCAGAGCUUCUCCAGGAGCAGGGAUGGUGGGGAAGGCAGACAAAUGCUUGAUGACGAGCGACUGGAAGGUGGCUUUCAACGAGCAGCGCUUUGUUCGCGCCAUGGCGCGCAUCGAAAAGCUCAAGGCGCAAGGCGAAUGGAGUUUCCGUCAGCCCAAGAAGCAAAAGGGUCCUGUCGUUCGCAAAGCGCACUGGGACCACCUGCUGGAAGAGAUGAAGUGGCUUCAAACUGAUUUCAGGGAAGAACGCCGAUGGAAGAUGGCGGUCGCAUUCCACCUUGCUCACGAAGUCGCCGCUUGGCAUCGCGCACGCACAGCCAGCGAGCGAGCCGCUUUCUGCGUUUCAUUUCCAAGACCUUAUCGUCGCAGGACGGUUUCUGACAACGUCGAGCAGCAUGCUGCGGCGCAAGAGACGUCGGUAGACGAGGCUAUUCCGUCCUCUCAACCACUCGAGACCGCACCAGAUGCUAUUCACGACGAGGCGAUGCCAGACGCGACGUCCUUCGCAGGUGCGCAGGACGAGGAAACACUCCCAUCCGCAAACAACAUCGGCACUGAGAGCUCUACAUCGACCCAGGGUGCCGAUGUCACCAUGGAAGGAGAGACGGAAGGGGACGAAGCAGUUGCUCAGGCGGUGGACAAUGCACUGGAAACCACCAACGAUGAAGCGACCGCGCGCGUGGAGGAAAUGGACGCCGACGGAGAAGACGACGACGCAGAUGCCGAUGCAGACGAUGUAGAGGCCGCGACCGCCGCACUCGUGUCUGGAGAGCCCGCCAAGCCGCCCAAGGUGGAAGUCGUCCGAGAGCCAUUGGCUCAGCCCGAACGCAUGCCCACUCUUGUCGUGGCACCUGAAACGACAGCAGCCUCGACAACAUCCAAAGAGGACCACUCCGCGGACGACAAGCUCGCCCAUGCCUUGCGCAGCGAGCCCAAAGAUGCCGAAUCGACCCUCACCGCUGAAUUGCCGCCACAGCUGCUCGCAACCCUUCGAGCACCGAUCUUCUCCACCAGUGUGACAACUACAGUCGUGUCGCCAGCCGCACUUCUCGAAUCUCUGGAUCCUGAGGCUGCCGCUGCCCUUCUUGGUAUCGAAGUAAGUGACUUGUCCAGUGCUGUCGACUUGCUAAGCCCGGGCUCGCUGUCUUUCAGCAAGAUGUUUCCGGAGCUGCCUUUGUAUGCGGGUGUUUCGGUUCCUGACUCCAGCAGCAAAAGUGACCGACGAUGGGACGAGGGAAGCUUGAAUCAACCUCCGCGUCUGACACACGUGACCAAGCUUCUCGACUCGCGUCCGCUGCUGGUCAGCACACUGGAGCCUUCCAAGAACCGAGCCAACGGUCGGUGGCUUCCUGACAGCGACUGGAUCGUAGCUGCUGAGCAAUCGGAUCCACUGCGAGGCGUGACGGAUGGUUCUGACGCAGGAUUGCCGCCAAUGCCCGGCUCGCUACUGUUUGCGCGUAAGAGCAACCGCGCUCCCAAGGAGAGCAGUGGCCCCGCCUCGUCGACUCCCGCUGAACCUGCUCAGCCGGAUGUGCGCGCAGCCAUGUUUGCCUGGACACCCGACGAGGAUAAUUACCUCAUGACACUCGCCAAGCAGUAUCACAACAACUGGCCUUUGGUUGCAGACCUUUUCAAUUCGACCCGGCUCAACACGACGACGGACAAACGCGAGCCUUGGGAUUGCUACGAUCGAUGCAAGCGCAUCGAGCAGGCAGCUGCGGAGGGCAAGCCGCCGCCCGGACCUCCUCAACUGCCCGUGACAGCAGCCGACACCGACAAGGAUGGUAAGAAGGGCGAUGGGAAAGAUGGCGAUGCUUCGUCCAAGCGCGACAAGCUGAGUAAAAAGCUAGGUUCCAAAUACGAUGGUUCCAAGAGGAAGCUUCGCCGCAGCAAUUUGGUGGAAGUCAUGCGCAAGUCUGCUAAGCGCCGGGAAGCCAGCAAGCAGGCGCAGCAGACGCAGCAGACCAAGAAGGUCAACCUCAACACGCACGAGACGCAUGCGCAGAUCAAAGCCGGGCCCGCCAUCACUCCACAAUCGCUGAGCGCCUUGAAGACGGAGAGAGACCAGGCUGCUUUGCGACAGUACUAUGAGCAGCAACGCGCUCAGCUCGCCUACCAGCAACAACAGCAGCAACAGCAACGUCUGUUAGCGCAGCAAGCGCAGGCGCAACGAAUGGCGCAGCAGCAAGGGACUGUCACUACUCCCGGAGCAGCCGGCGCGGCGGCGACGCAGGCAGGCAAGUCAGUUGUGACAGCGACGGCUGCAGGCUCAAACGGAGCUGGGAAUCUCACUCUGCCUUCUGGAAGCACACCCGCUUCUCAGGCCGGGUCGGCUGUUCAGCAGAAGGCUGGGGCGGGACAAUUGCCAAAUCAGCAAGUCGCUCCGCAGCAACAGCAGCAACAGACGCCACAGUUACAGCAGCAGCAGCAACAGCAGCAGCCAGCGCAACAACAGCAACAACAGCAGCAGCAGCAACAAGUCCAGGCGCAGCUUCAGUCGCAAUUGCAAGCGUCCCAAGCGGCUCAGAUGCAGAACUUGUAUGCACAGAUCCAGCAGCAGCAAAGACAGCAGCAGCAGCAGAGUCAGCAACUGGGGCAGGCGGCGGGGCUGGGUCAAGUGCGUCCGGCCGUUGGACCGUUGACGCAGCAACAGCUGGCGACGUUGACACCACAGCAGCAGCAGCAGUACCAUGCGCAGUUGGCGGCAGCGACGGCAGCGGCGCAGCAGCAGCAGUUGCGGAACCAGAUGGCUGCGGUUGCUGCGGCGCAGCAAGGAGCGCAGGCAGGCGCGGGUGGGGUUCAGGGUUUGCCUUUUAGUAUGCCGAAUGCUCAGGCGCAGGCGCAGUUCCAGCUGAUGCAGCAGCAGCAGCAGCAGCCGCAACAACAGAAUGCAAUGCAGCAGAAUCAGCCCAGACCUCCUCACAUGCAGGCUCAGGCGCAAGCGCAGGCACAGGCGGCAGCUCUGCAGCUGUAUCAGCAGCAGCAACGCCAAGCGGCGCAAGUUCAGGCACAGGCACAGAUGCGUCCUCCACAGACAGCACAGCAGCAACAGCAACAGCAACAGUUUGUGCGUCCCGUCAACAACGGCCAGCGUCCCCCACCCGUACCCACCGCGGCUGGACAGAACAAGCAAGGGCAGCAGCAGCAGCAGGCACGUCCAGCGACACCCACCAACGGCACUGGUGCCGGCAGCCCCGGCAGCGCGGCGGCGCCAGGCAUGCCUGCGACCGUGCAAGCGUUGCAGCAGCAACUCGCAAUCUCCCUUGCAACGUCCAACCUGUCGCCGGAGCAGAUUAACGGGUUGGCGAUCCAACUGUAUAAGCAGGCCCAGCAACAACAGCAGCAGCAGCAACAGCAGCAGGCUACGGGCGGCGGACAGUCGCCGAUCAAUCAAGCGAGGAACAUGGCAAGUCCUGCGGGAGCGCGUCCGCAGCAGCAGAUCUUGAACCAGGCGAUCCAGGCCCUGGCUGCGCAGAAUCAGAAGAAUCAGGGCGCCAAAGCGGGUGCAAGCCAGGCUAGGCCGCCCACACCGAGGCCGUCGUAG